UUGAAGCCGAAAUUCCCAUUUCUCCUCCUCCUUCGUCCUCAGUCCGUACUCUUCCUUCCCUAGUUUUCUUUCGCCGCCGGUGCUGCCUUACCAACGCCGCCGGCCGGACGUUACUGCCGCCGACCUUCUUCUGCUCCGCCACGGACGCCGCUUCCCAUACAUCCAGAACAAUCAGCACAAGGAUUCAGUAGCAGAUAGGAAACUAGCUGGGAGAGAUCGGAAGUAACAAUGGCAAGCGCACCCGCUCAAAUUCCCACCAGUUUUGGGCACGAGCUCAGAGCUUGUCUUCGUUGUCGUCUCGUCAAAACUUACGAUCAGUUUCGAGAAUCGGGCUGUGAGAAUUGUCCCUUCUUCAAGAUGGACGAAGAUCAUGAGCGUGUUGUAGAGUGUACUACUCCUAAUUUUAAUGGGAUAAUUUCAGUCAUGGAUCCUACCAGAAGUUGGGCUGCUAGAUGGCUGCGAAUUGGAAGAUUUGUCCCAGGUUGUUACACUCUUGCAGUCUCAGAGGCCCUCCCAGAGGAUUUGCAGAAUUUAUGUGAAGAGGAGCGUGUGCAAUAUGCACCACCAAAACGCGUAUGACUGUAUGUUAUCUCUGUCCCGUCUCAAUUUAAAAGAAGUCUUCCUUGUUCAUGUAUUAGUAUCUUUAGUUUGACUAGCAUUUAGUAUGUGACGUCUUUUGGAAGAAAUUAACAGGAGUAUUUGCUAACAUCUUGCAUUGUACAUCUUAAUUUGCUUCCCCUUGCACCUUUUUAUUGCCCAUUAAGAUACUGAUUCACUAGUGGAAGAAGUUGAAUUGGAGUUGCAUAGGACACCGGUUUGGUUUACUUUUAACAGCAAACAUGGUUAUUGUCGCCAGAAUAUUUUGGUUGGUUGAGGAGAAAAUGUGUUAGCAUACGAAAAAAUGGAUUGAUUUACCGAGAGAUAUCACGUGUAUAAUGAUUGACAAGAUGUGAUCCAUGAUUAAUGGAAGUGCAGGAAGUAGCAUAUCUUUCAAGAAAAAA